GCUUGUGUAAAAUUAAAUUAAAAACUAACGAAAUGGAAGUGUUUCGUACUGAACAGUAUUAUAUUUUUACGAAAUUGAACAAAUCUUUAUGGUGGAAUCGUUCAAGUGGGGCUUUUAAUUUAAAAACAGGUUGUGAUUUAUCUUCUGUAGAAGAUAUAGAAUGUGUGGGCACAACAGUUGGUAUUGUAGGAGUCAUAAGCCUUGCUGGAGUUUACGAUCCCCACUUAAUUGUUAUAAAAGAAAGUGUGCCUGUCGGUGUUUUAUUUCCUCCUCAUACUAUAUAUAAAAUAAAAUCAAUUGUUGUUUUUGGAGCAGAAGAAGUCGAAGAUAUAUUGAUACCAUGCAAUAAACAUGCGACAGGAAAGAUUGGAACCAGUAGUAAAAAAUCACAACCAAAAGGAUUAUUUGACGGAUCUGUGCUUGUUAAUAAAACAUGGGGAGCAGUGAAAAGUGCUGGAACAUCAAUAAAAAGCACUACUCAACAGGCAGCAGCAAUUGCCAGUUCACAAAUGAAGUCUAGUGUUGUAGGACGUCGAGAUCCAGGAAGGAUAGAGAAAAGAGUUACAGAAGAAUUACAUAAAAUCUUUGAUGACACUGAUAGUUUUUACUACUCGGAUGGAGGUGAUUUAACAUGCAAUAUGCAAAGACAAGGCGAAGGAAAAAGUGAUGAACGAUUUUUUUGGAAUAAGCAUAUGCUGAAAGAUAUUAUUGAGUUAAAUGAUCAAAGCUGGGUUUUGCCAGUGAUCCAAGGAUUUGUGCAAAUCGAAGAAUGUGAAGUUGCGGCGUCCAAGGAAAAGUUUAAGUUGGCUUUGGUUUCGAGACGUUCUCGGUUCAGAGCAGGAACUAGGUAUAAACGUAGAGGUGUUGAUGAGCUUGGUCAUGUAGCAAAUUAUGUAGAAACUGAGCAAGUUUUAUCAUUCAUGCAACAUCAGAUGUCUUUUACGGUUGUACGUGGCUCAGUUCCUGUAUAUUGGUCCCAACCUGGAUAUAAAUAUCGGCCACCGCCUCGUAUAGAUCGGGAUGAUGCUGAAACCCAAGUAGCAUUUGAAAGUCAUUUUGAGCAGGAACUGUCAACAUAUGGACCAGUUUGUAUCAUAAACCUUGUUGAACAAUGUGGCAAAGAAGGCAUAAUAUGGGAAGCUUUUAAUAAACAUACACUUGCUUACAAUAACCCAUUUCUGACAUAUGUAACAUUUGAUUUUCAUGAGUAUUGUCGUGGGAUGCAUUUUGAAAAUGUAUCUAUUCUUCUAAAUGCUUUGGUGGAUCACAUUCAUGGCAUGGGAUAUUGUUGGCGCGAUAAUCGAGGAAAUAUAUGUACACAACAAUCUGUCUUUCGCGUUAACUGUAUGGAUUGUUUGGAUAGAACAAAUGUUGUUCAGACUGCAUUAGGAAAGGCAGUACUUGAAUCCCAGUUGUCAAAAUUGGGACUGAUACCUCCUGGAGCGUCUGCUCCACCUGCAUUACGAGCACCAUUUCAAAGUCUUUGGGCUAAUAAUGGCGACAUUAUCAGUAGGCAAUAUGCAGGAACAAAUGCUUUAAAGGGGGAUUACACAAGGACUGGUGAGCGUAAAAUUAGUGGGAUUAUGAAAGAUGGUAUGAACUCAGCAAAUAGAUACAUUAUCCAACAUUUUUAUGACACAUUCCGUCAAUGCUGCAUAGAUUUAUGUCAAGGAAAUUUUAAAGAUGUCGAAGUAAUUUAUGAAUGUAUCGAUAUUGAUGAUAAAUUAAAGAUUGUAUGCGGUAUUGUGGCCGAAGUAAUUCCCGAUAGGCCUCCAGCAUAUUUUAACCAUGUUGCGUUGGGAGUGGAAUUUAAUAUGGCAGAAAUGUUUUAUGAAGUCUCGAGGUAUUAUCUCUCUCGCUUCAAAGACUCAUACCGCCAAGCCACUAUUGAUAUGAUGCUAGGAAAUACUGUUACCGCGGAAUCUUUAAAUGCACUUGGCGGUGAUGGCACCGGCACUGGAGAAGUGGAAGCAGAAGCAGCAGCUGAUCAUGCCAGGCAACUUGUAGACGACUGUAGGCGAUUGCUCCUUGGAGAGGGUCAGUUAUUGUUGGGAGCUUGGGGUCUUAUAGACGCUAGUCCGAGCACUGGUGAUCCAAAUGAAACCGAAGUCGACUGUAUUCUGUUAUUAACGAAUGAGUUUUAUCUUGUUGCUGAAUAUGAUCUACAUUUGGAUAAAGUUACAAGAUUUGAGAAAAUUCCUUUAGGUUCAUUGACAUUGAUUGAAUUGGGUGCCGCUCCAAAUAGAACUGGCAUGAGUGCCUUGAGUACUCGCGGAAGUAAUAUGUUCAAAUCUUCUUCAUCUGUUGCUCCUAUGUGCAUUAGACUUAGCUAUAAAACUGAAGAUUCAGAUAAUGAAUUUUAUCACAUGUUCAGAUCUGCCAAUCUUCGAUUUUUUAAUAACGUAGCUGUUGUCAUUCGUACCAAGGAAGAAAUGUUAGAAUCUCUUAAUACGAUUUGUGAAUGCUUUUUAAUAGCAUUGGAAGCAGGAGGUUUUGCGCCAGUUCCUUUAGUAUCUGGCAACCAGUUAGUGAGAAGAAAAGAUCCGUCAUCUCUUUUAUCUAUUCCUAAUAAUGGCAUACCAAGAAAUUUAUCAGAGACACAAUUGUUGUCUAUAGGAUCAAAAGCGCUCACAAAUAUGACUGAACAGUUUUCAAAAAUUGGCCAAACAUUCACUUCUAAGAAACAGAGUUCACGAGCGAAAUUUCGUCUUGGAAAGACAAGUUCACAACAGUCCAAUGAUGUCAAAGACUCUGCUGGUAAGAGUGAAGAUAGUAGUUCUGAGUCUGAAGGCGAAAAUAAUAUUUACCAGCCGGGUGAAACAACACCAGUAGAUCCCAAAGUAUAUGAAAAUGAAUUUUUGCCGUCCGUGGGGAUAGUUAUGGGCAAUAGUGAUGGGACCAAUGUUUUAGCAGAUAAAGAAAGUAUGAUUGCCCAUUCCUCUGAUGUCAAUAAUUUGUUAUUAAGUAGCGUCAUGGAUAAUGUUACUAUAAAUAAUGUGCUGUCGCAGACAAAAAGUGAUAGUGUAGAUGACACCGAAUUUUUAAGCACUUCACCAAAUAUUACUAAUUCUAGUCCUUAUAAUCGCAGUCCCACACCUGAAAUAACAGUCCAGAGUGAGUGUGAUGGACAUGUGAGAAACCAUGCGCAAAUAAAUCAGAAAUUCAGUCAUAGUUCAGGAGAAGUCGAUGCAAAUAUUGCAACUGGGCCGACAGUGGUAUUGCCUCAACAUGCUGCGAGUUCGAGAUCUGACAGAGAUUUAAGUUUGAACUUGAGCUUGAGCGGUUCUCAGAGUGAAAACGCAUUGAAACAAUUAAAAGUUCUUACUAGCCCUAUAGGAGGUGGUUUGUCUAAGCUUGCAAAGGGCAUGCAGAGCAUUGGUGCUAAUUUAGAUCCAAGAAAAAUUAAUGUCAAGUCAGCAUUACAACCUCGCACUACAGAACACAACAAUGAACAACAGAAAAAACUUCAAGAGAAAUGGAUGAACUGUAAAACUAAAUUGAUAGCAUUGUAAUCAAUUUUUAUUUGAUUUUUGUUUUCACUCAUCUAUUU